AUGGUACAGCUGAACAGAGAUCAGGCUGUCCAGAAGGCUCAACGCCAUAUUGAAACCAUUAGGAAAGAAGCCGGACUGGACGACACCAGUGUAAAGAGUCGAAAUGUCGAGAACCUCCAGAAUGCCCUUCACACCCUCGCAGAUGAGCUGUACCAGAAGUCCACGCAUUUCCUCCUCGAGCUCAUACAGAAUGCCGACGAUAACGAGUAUGACACCGCCGAACCUAGCAUUUCUCUAACGUACCAGAAUCGACGUCUGAGGAUCGACUGUAAUGAGAAAGGCUUCAGUGAGAAAAAUGUCGAGGCCAUCUGCAGGGUGGGUAGCAGUACCAAAGCUGGCGCACACCGCGCUACUGCAUACGUCGGAGAAAAGGGGAUCGGUUUCAAGUCGGUCUUCAAAGCUGCUGACGUUGUCUGGAUCUCGUCCAACUGCUACGCCUUCAAGUUCGACAAGAGGCAGGUCUUGGGGAUGAUUGCGCCCAUCUGGGAGCCAUUCCCCGAGCCCUCUACGCCAUCCAUGACCUCUAUGCUCUUGCAGUUAUCUCCGGAAUACGACGAGACGCAACUGGUCUCCGAUUUGAAAGAGUUUGACUCGCGCAUGCUCAUGUUUCUCCGUCGCUUGAGAAACGUAACGAUCACAAUUCAAGACGACGAACGGGCCUGGCAGACCACUUUCAGCAAGACCGUCGGUACGAGCCAUGGCGAAACUGCAAUUGAAUUGACUCGGGAUGGGAAAGUCACGAAGUACCUUGUCAGCUCACACUUUGCUAGAAACCUUCCCCUUGAGCCUAAGCGUCCUGGUGCACGCGAAUCUCAGAUCCUGCUUGCCUUCCCAGAUGUCACGGAGCGGCCGUUGACAUCUCAAAAGGUUUACGCAUUUCUUCCGAUUCGAGACUAUGGCUUCAAGUUUCUCCUCCAGGGAGAUUUCCUUCUUUCUGCGAGCCGCGAGGACGUUUUGUCAGACUCUCCUUGGAAUAGGGCCCUCCAAGGACAAUUUGUCAAGGCCUUCGUUGCUGUCACUAGAGCAUACAGUCACGGUCAAUUGUGUUAUAUAUGGCCCAGAUUCAUCCCAUUCAAAAUGACUCAAUAUCAUUUUUUCGAACCAGCCAGACGAGAAAUCAUUGAGGCACUCUCUCGACAGCCUGUGUUGAAGUCCAGAGCUCAGGAGCUAAUGAUGCCGUCCUCCUUGACCUAUGUCCCCUUGGACUUCUGCGACAGACAAGGUGUCCCAAUAACUUCAUCCCCGAGAAACGACCUGGCAUAUCUGUGCCACCAAUAUGAUGUCUCCCUUUACGAUAAUCUCGAGGCCCUAGGCGUGACAAAGAUGACCGCAGCCAUAUUCUUGGAACAUUUAGAUCUUUACAUCAAACAGAACACAACCUUGUUCCAGAAGAUGAAUUCCGCCGAAUGGCAUACGCGACUUGCAGAAGUCCUUUUGAAGCUCUGUUUCGAUACCGAACAUCAUGAGAAGCUUCGAAACCUACCGAUAAUUCCUCUCAAUGACGGACGGUGGGUUUCGGGCAAAGAGAAGAACGUCUUCCUCCCUCAAGAAGCCGAAAGUUGCACGGCUCCAGAGGGUCUCGCGUUCCGGCUGGUCCGGGAAGAUGCUGCCAACAACCCUACAUCUCGAUCUCUAUCUCUUCAGCUCGGGCUCAAAGUCUUCGGCCAAGAUGCCAUAGCCGAUUUCCUCCUCCACGUGCACACCCAGCCUCUGUUCAACCCAAAAGGCAUUAGCGUUGAUCAUCUAAUAUCUCAGGCAGUGUACCUCUUCAGAGCUAGAGUCCAUGACUUUGAGGUCAGAUAUCUCUGGUUCGCUACAACAGACGGUUCCGAUCGCUGUCGCGCAGAAAGCGCAUAUUUGCCAUGGCAGGCUCCAUUUGCAGCGAGCCAAUACUUUUCUGGUCGGGACGACAUCCACUUCGUACAUCCACAGUAUUUGGACGCUGUAAAGGACGAUCAAGCGAAUUGGCUCGAGUGGCUGGAAAAUACUGCCAAAAUCUCUAUUCUGCCACGCCUUACUCAAGCUGAUGGGCAAUCACCGCACUCCUUUGGACUAUCGCGCCACUUUGCCUUGAUCAUGCAGAAUUUCAAGUCUAGAGACUUUCUAGUCCUUCUGAGAGAUAACUGGGGCUAUUAUUCACGAUGGCUCGAAGAUGACGCUGGCGGUGCUCGAGAUGACUCCAGAAUAGCGAGACAGGCGUGUCGAGAGAGACUGAGAAACUCGCUGCAAGAAGCGCAAGUGCAAUGCCUUGGAGGCACGAAGAAGUCCCUGCGGGAGGUCUUCCUGCCUAUACCGGAACUUGUCCAGCAAGCAAACGGUCAGGUGCCGUUCGUUGAUGUUGACGACCCCCUCGACCCCCGUUGGCAGAGGUUGAAAAUUUUAGGGCUUGGUGUCGAGGGUGACGUUUCCUUCUACCUCCGAUGUUUAGAAGCAAUGAGCGGUGCAAACGAUGCAAUAGCUAUCGACCGGGCUGCUUUGAUGCUUGAACAAAUCCAAGCCCGUUGCUCGGAACUGCCGGACGUUGUGAGGUACUCAUUCACACAGAAGCCGCUGGUUUGCAUCCCAAACAAAAGAGUUGGAUGUGAACCCCGCUGGGUGAAGGUGCAGAAUUGCUUGUGGAGCGGUCCAGAAUGCCUUCGCCGAUUUGUUGCGCUGAAGAACAUAUACCCAUCUUGUCAGCGGCUUUUCCGUGACUUCUUCUUGCUUCCCGAUGCUGGCAUUGCUGACCUCGUACGUGAGACCAAAUUGCUCAAUGUUGGCGACCCGCUGUCUUACAUCAAAGCUCUGUUUCUCGAAAUCGAGAAGCAUCUAGAGAAGGACGAGACGACGACUGCCAUCGAUUCACUUGAGACACAUUGCAUAUGGCCGGUUUACAAAACAGGCAACGAGGACCAAUGGGAUAUGCUUGGAUGUGCCAGAAACUUGGACGCGUGGUUCAUUGCCGAUAGAACACAUCUGCUGGAGAGUUUUUGCGGGAUCGUGCCUUUGCUCGCCUUCCAGGUCGAAGACGUACUGAAAAUCCCGCUCCUGAUCCGGAAACUGGGCGGUGAUAAACGUCGAUUGACCCGAGCAGUCACGAGCAUUGCAGAGACCGUUGGUUCGUUACGACCCGAUCCAACUCGGCAAGCUGAUCUGCGGUCAAGAGCCGAAUUUAUAGCCAGACUCAUACCAAAAAAGGAACACGGCAAGAGCGAAAAGGUGGCCAAGCUCAAGUCGUUGCAAACAUUCGCCACUACAAGAGUCAUUCAAAAGUGGUCCGUGAAAGUUGCCGCCUCGGAGAGCAGAUCGGGCCGAUCGAAGGAUGGAAACGUCGUUCUCUCGACCGAACACAACCGCCUCGAAAUCUAUUUGAAAAACGGGUAUUUUGAAUCAACCAAGGUUCCUCGGGAACUGAUCGAGGCCAUCGCAAGCUUCUGCGGGAUCGAAGAUAAAGGGCUUUUUCUCCUCACUGUCGCCCUACAAGACGACGUUCCGAACAUACAGAAAUGCUUCCAGGAGCAUGGUGUCCCUGCACUCAACCUGGAAGAUGACACAACGGAAGAUUUUGAGGAUAUCGACGACUUCGACCCGCGAAAAUCCCAGGGUUGGGGUGCGGCGACGACCACCGGUAGACCUGGGCGCCAGAAUGGUAGACAGAGCGUGCUCAAGGGCGAUCUGGUACGUAUGUUCACCGCUCUCGGUAUGUUUGGUACCGGUACUGUCCCGGGAGGCAUUUCUGUAGGAAGCGCCACUGGCCUCAGCAACUCCGGCGAGACUUUUGUGAUCGACGGCGGAUUCGGUGGCCUCAGCGCCAGCGAUCUCUACAUAGAAGAGGAUGAUGAUGAUGACGACAACGACGCCAAAUCUGUCUCGUCCCGAGCCUCGUCGACAAUGUCUGGCUCGACGCUCGGUGGUGGCAGUGGCAGGAGUAGUAAGAUGAGGAUCUUCGCGGCAGUUCCCGCGAGAAUGAUGCGAAGAAGCGUCUUCUCUGACAAUGUGCGUCGAGAAGCCGACGACAAUCUAGAGUUUCUUGGUCAGAAGAAGGUUUCAGAAGAACUACGCCGGAUGCUCAACACGGCUUAUGAUCCAAAUUUACACUGGACCAGCAAUCUCAGGACAAGAAAUCGCCACAAACCUUUCAUUCGCGAACGAAACAGCCACGGCAAGUCCAGGCUGUAUGCCACUUUCACACUCGCCGACACCAGCGGAAUGUUCAGCCGAUAUGUCGCAGAGUGUUACCCCGAAGCGAGGAGAUGGAUCAAGCGUCCUCCCGUGUAUCAUCUCGACGUGAGAACGACCAAAGGAGACUUGAGCUCCGAGUUUUGCUACAGUAACGCGCAGUGGAAGAUGGCUCGCACAUAUACCAUCCCCGAUUCAACAGAUACCAACAUCCCAACGGACGUGUACUUCCUCGUCCGCGUAUUCAAUGCAGAUAUUAAGAAGGAGCCGGAAGUACAGUUCCUGCUGGAUCCGUGGUCGCUCUAUCUUCAGGACAGUCUAAGGUUGAAGGCGGAGAAGGAAUACCAUGUCACUAUUCAUGGGCUGAGGCUGUGA